CAACUGUUUCAUUUUAAGCCUCAAAACACCAUGCACACACUUCACUCCGACCACAAUCAUCUCCGGCGUCCGUUCACCGCUGACGAAGAGCAUUCGAUCAUCGUAUCCGCCCUCAUAAACGUAAUCUCCGGCCACACCAGCAAUGGCACUCGUACCAGUAUCACUAGUACCGGUACCGAUGCCACCGGUAGCACUAGUACCGGUACUAUUACUGGUAGCGGUACGAGUACCACUAAUUUUGCUACUAGUGAAAGCUUCUUGAUGACAUUGUGGGCACAUCCGAUGGAAGUGUGUAAGCUAUGUAAUAUUGUUGGUUGUUUGGGGUGCAAAUAUUUUUGGAAAAACUUGGCACCGGGUGGUGGGGAGCAGAAAGGUGGCGGAGGGAAGAAGAGGAAGCGGCAGUAUAGGGGAGUACGGCAGCGGCAAUGGGGGACGUGGGCGGCGGAGAUUCGGGAUCCGAUGAGGAAGGUGAGAGUGUGGCUCGGGACGUUUGGGACGGCGGAGCUAGCUGCCCGAGCUUAUGAUCGGGCAGCUAUACACUUCCGUGGGGUUAAAGCGAAGACUAAUUUUCCUGAGAGUGAUUACCAUGUUGAGCAUCCACAUGAAGAAGAACACAAACGUCAAGCAUGCACACAAUAAUAAUAUAAUAAUAGUUUAAAAGAAUAAGUGGUGAGGAGGAGAGGAGAAGAAGUUGCUUUGAAUGCGAUCUUUUAUAUAUUUAUAUUAUAUAUAUGUAGUUUUAUUUUAAUAAUUUAUAUUAUUA